UUUUACACGAAUUUUGCUGAAGAUGGUCUGUUAAUAUCCCAUCUGACAAACAAUGGAGGUAACGGAUAUCAAAGGACAGUGGAGGGGUGUGUGGUUUGCUUUUUGUUUGGCGUUGCUGAUUGUGGCUAAACUGGAAGGAAUAUCUGCUCAAAUACGAUACUCGAUUCAGGAAGAACUGAAAUCAGGGACGUCCGUUGGAAAUGUAGCUAAAGACCUUGGGUUGGAUCUCGGAAGACUGGCGGAUAGGAAUCUCCGUGUCGUGUCAGGAACAAAGCAGGAUCUAUUCAAGGUAAAUCCGAGAGAUGGGGUUUUGCUAGUGAACCAGCGAGUAGACAGAGAGGAGCUGUGCGCACUGACUGUUCCGUGUAUCGCAAAUCUGAAAGCGGUUGUUGAACAUCCUCUUGAAAUGCACCAAAUAAUUGUGGAGAUACUCGAUGUUAACGACAAUUCGCCCAAAUUUCCCGAAGAAAACUACACAUUAGAGGUGCUGGAGUCAGCCAUAGUUGGGUCUAGAUUUCAGGUGGAAGGGGCGCACGACUUAGAUGUUGGGUUGAAUUCCUUAAAUUCCUAUAAGCUAAACCAUAAUCAGUAUUUUCGUUUGGAAACCGAGGAAUUUGGGGAAGAUGGAAAGGUUCCAUUCUUAGUUUUACAGCGACCUUUGGAUAGAGAACACACGGCUCAACACUGGUUGCUAUUAACAGCUACAGACGGGGGAAAACCCCCAAAAUCGGGUACAAUUAAUGUCACUGUUAUCGUGUCUGACGUUAAUGACAACUCACCAGUGUGUGAUAAACAAAAAUACACCAUAACGAUAAAAGAGAACGCGCCUGCAGGGACAUUUUUGCUGUCGGUAAAUGCAUCUGACGCAGACGAAGGGAUGAACGGUGAGGUUGAAUAUUCUUUAAGGAGUAAACUUAGAGGACUCUCAUCGGAGCCGUUUGACCUGAACAGCGCAACUGGAAAACUAACUGUGAAGGGACGGCUUGAUUACGAGGAAAAACAGGUUUAUGAGAUCAAGGUGCUGGCUGCAGAUAAAGGUGCUGUGUCUCUCUCCACACAAUGCAACGUGGUUGUUAGAGUGGAGGACGUCAACGAUAAUCAGCCCGAAAUAGAAAUCACAUCCCUGUCAAGUCGCAUUCCAGAGGAUUCACCUCCUGGCACUGUGGUGGCGUUAAUGGGAGUGAUGGACCUUGACUCAGGUGUGAACGGACAGGUGGUUUGUAGUAUACCUGGUCAUUUACCUUUUGAUUUAAAGCCAUCCCCAGACGGACAGUCAUAUUCUUUGGUAACCAAGGACUACCUGGAUAAGGAAACGGUGCAUAUGUAUGACAUUACAAUAACAGCCAAGGAUUUGGGGAGCCCUGCUCUGUCUUCAACGAAAAUAAUACAGGUAGAUGUGCUAGAUGUUAACGACAACAGUCCACUGUUCACUGAAAGUCCCUAUACUUUUUAUGUGCCUGAAAACAACAAGGCCGGACUGUCAAUUUUCUCAGUGACCGCGAUUGAUGCAGAUGGAGGGGAAAAUGCAGCGAUCACAUAUUCGCUCAACCGUAAGAAUCCGGGACCCACUAUAGCCACAUUUUUAAAUAUAAAUGAAGCCAAUGGCACAAUAUCGGCAUUGAAAAGUUUUGACUUUGAGACUCUGAAAACUUUCCAGUUCCAAGUUGUAGCCACAGAUUCUGGUUCUCCGUCACUGAGCAGCAACGUCACAGUGAACGUGUUCAUUCUGGAUCAGAACGACAACGCUCCAGUCAUCCUGUAUCCACUCAGCUCCAACGGCUCUGCUGAAGGUGUGGAGGAGAUUCCCCGCAAUGUGAACGCAGGACACUUGGUGACUAAAGUCAGAGCCUAUGACGCUGAUAUAGGAUAUAACGGCUGGUUGCUGUUCUCACUGCAGGAAGUUACUGACCACAGUCUCUUUGGUUUGGACCGCUACACAGGACAGAUCAGGACACUUCGCUCGUUAACAGAGACAGACGAGGCUGAGCAUAAACUGAUCAUACUGGUCAAAGACAAUGGGAACGUUUCACUCUCAGCAACAGCUACUGUCAUUGUCAAACUUGUGGAGCCCAAAGAGGCUUUUGCAGCUUCUGAUGUUAAAAGUGCAGCAAAAGUGGACGAAGAGGACAAUGUUACAUUUUACCUGAUGAUAACUUUGGGCUCAGUUUCAGUUCUUUUUCUCAUCAGUAUCAUCGUACUGAUUGCAAUGCAGUGCUCCAAAUCCACAGACUAUACUUCUAAAUAUCUACAAGAACCAAAUUAUGAUGGGACACUGUGUCACAGCAUCCAGUACAGAUCUGGAGACAAACGGUACAUGUUAGUUGGACCCAGGAUGAGUAUAGGAUCUACUAUAGUCCCUGGGAGCCACGCAAAUACCCUAGUGCUCCCUGACAGGAGGAGGACAUCUGAGGAGGUAAAUGCCUUUGUCAUUUAA